CACUAGAGUAAGAUUAAGUUCUGUGUAUUAGAUGUUUGUAGGAUAUGGAGUUGAAAACGUUACUGCGAAACUGCGCUUUGGCAAAGAAACCCCAUGAAAACUCUGAAGAUAAUGAAAAAAAAGAAGAUGAAUAUUUUCAGAAAAUGUAUCAGCAAUGGAAGGGUGUGAAAGCGAAAGACAAUGUUGAUUCUACGUAUAAAGUUAUACCAAAGUUUUAUUUCAAGCUGCCGAAAGAAGAUGAAAUUCUACCACAGAAAUUGCGUGAAGAAACACGAGCCUUAUUCUUACAAAGACGUUCUCGGCAAUUGCUCGAUAAUAAUGAACUGAAAGCAUUAUGGGUGCUGUUAGACAAACAUCACAGCCCACCUUUGUCGGGAGAAGAGCAAUUAAUUAAUUAUGAGGACUUUAAAAAAGUGGGCAAACUGGCAGGAGCAAAAUGCAGUCCAUACUUUACUGCUGUUGUUUUUGCCAAACUGCAACAAGGAGAUCCACAUGGUAGAAUUAGUAUCUUAGCGCUGUUUAAUUAUGUCAUGAGAAAAGUAUGGUUGCAUCAAACAAGAAUUGGUCUUUCUUUAUAUGAUGUUACAGGACAAGGAUAUCUCAGAGAAUCAGAUCUGGAAAACUAUAUCUUAGAAUUAAUACCAACAUUGCCACAACUGGAGGGUCUUGAAAAGUCUUUCCAUUCAUUUUAUGUAUGUACAGCUGUCAGAAAAUUUUUAUUCUUUCUGGAUCCUCUUCGAACUGGACGAGUUCGUAUUCAAGAUAUUUUAGCAUGCAGUUUUUUAGACGAUCUCUUAGAGUUAAGAGACGAGGAUCUGCCUAAGGAUAUACAGGAAGCUAAUUGGUUUUCUGCACCUUCGGCGCUUAAAGUUUAUGGACAAUAUCUCAAUCUUGACAGAGAUCAUAAUGGAAUGUUGAAUAAGGAAGAGCUUGCUGGAUAUGGCACUGGUACUUUAACAGGCGUUUUUCUUGAAAGAGUGUUUCAAGAAUGCUUAACUUACGAAGGCGAGAUGGACUACAAGACGUACCUCGAUUUUGUGUUAGCCUUAGAGAAUCGGCAUGAACCUCAGAGCCUUCAUUAUCUAUUUCGAAUUUUAGACAUUAACAAUCGCGGCUAUUUGGACACAUUUUGUCUAAAUUAUUUCUUUAGGGCUAUACAAGAGCAAAUGACAAUGCAUGGUCAAGAACCAGUUAGCUUUGAAGACGUCAAAGACGAAAUAUUUGACAUGGUAAAACCAGCAGAUCCGUGUAAAAUUACGCUGCAGGAUUUACUGUCGUGUGGACAAGGUGAUACAAUGAUCAGUAUCUUGAUUGAAUUCCAUGGCUUUUGGGCAUACGAGAAUCGUGAAGCCAUGGCAGCUGACAACGGGGAUGAAUCAUCUCAUCCUCAAAGCGUUAUAUCUGAGAAUAAUGAACCAGAUAACAAAGAGAAUGGUGAGAUUGGAACUUGCAUGGUACGAUCCAAAUUGCAGAGACUUGGAAAACUAUACUCUGAUGAUUAUAAUCUUGGGUUAAGUUCUCCAAUACACCGAACUGAAGAAAAAUUCAGUGCAGAAGAAAACACAGAGCACAAACCAAUAAAGAAAGGUGCUAGACUGGACAGAUUAGCAGCUUUGGCUUCAACAAUAAACAAUUGGGAAGAUGAUUUAUCACAUCCAACAAUAACUAAUUCGAAGACUAAGCCAACAGAUAGCAAAGCAGAAAAGAUACAAGCAAAGUUUAAUGAACAAGUUAAAAGUGCAUUAGAGUCACAACCCAGCACAAGUAAAGACAGCAAAUGGAUUGUCAUUAACAGUGAGAAGAAGAGCAAACAUCCAAGUCCAGUUAAAUUAAAAUGGGAUAAAACUGUAUUGGAAAACUUGGAAUCCAAUGCUAGAAGUCAUUUAUCGUCUAACAAGUUCACAACUUCUCAGCAGAUGGAGGAAAAGAAGCAAAUCUCGCCUAGCAAAUCGCCGAGAUAUAAGAAAAUGGAAGCUGACUCUGAUCUGUCUAGUAGUCCUGCUAAAAGUAAUGACAGUAAAGUUUCCAAUACUCCUGAAAAAAUGGUUAGAAACGCGAAUACGACUAGCACUUCUCGAUUACCACCAAGAACUGGAUUUAAUGGCUCGCCAAAGACUUUGGUACAACCGUCAGGUUCAGUGUUGAGUAAAGCAUCAAUGUUUGAGGCUAAAAAUAUGGAUACAAAAGCGAAAGAUCCUGCUCAAAUGUCGCUUGCCGAAAGAAUGGCGUUUUUCGAGCGGAAUAAAGGAGAAGCGCCAUUAAUACCCAAAGCUCCGCUUACAAUGUCGAUACCGCCUAAUAAACUACAAGAAAAGGAUAAGCCAGGAUCUAAUAUAGAUUCGUCUCCGAUAAAUGUCCCAAGUAAAACAGUUCUUGAGCAACGUGCGAUAUUUGAACAAGGUAACAAUAAAAAAGUAGAAGAAAUGGAAAAUCAUAUUUUGCAAGCUACCCAUGCCGAAAGACAGCGUGAGUUAGGCAUGUUGCGUUCGCGCUUCAAUGCCAAUAAAGAGAUAGCUCGUGCCGUUGCAGGAUCUUGUGUUCGGACGAGCGAAAGUAGCGAAGGGGGUGGCAAGUCGUGCUCGCCGAAGAGUUCGCUCGUUUGUCCAGUGAAACCAACUCCUGCUCCGGAUCAUAUCACUCAGCCUCCACCACCUCCGCCGUUACCACAACCUGAAAUUAUAUCCUAUCACAGCAAAUCUUCUCCGGUAAAAAGACAAGUUAUCGGAAGUCCGCCAAAGGUUCAUAAUUCAAAUGCAGUGUCCGAAGUUAAACGUAUUCGCGUACGUCCACCGAAACCAGGAGCACUUUAUCCUAAUUUAUCUGAAAUCGAGGUUACAGAAAGUGAGACCGAUUCAGAGUACACUGUUGAUAGCGAGGCUGUAACAGCCACGCUUGAUGAAACUGAAACUGAAACUGAAACUGAGACGGCCACCGAAGACGAUUAUUACGUUCAAGAUGAAACUGAUCGGGAGACUGAAAGUGAGCGGGAAAACAUACACAAUAUAUCUGUCGGGCGUACGAGUCUUGGGCGUAGUAUAUUGCAUGCGUUUAAUGAACGUUCGUUGUUUAACAAAAAGAGAACUAUAGAGCCAGAUCCAGAUAGCACUACAACAGACAUUUCAGUACUCGAUGAAAUGGAUCAAUAUUUGGAUGAAUGUCUUGACAUGGAAGAUUUUUGCGAUGAUGUAAAAGAAGGUCCAACACCACCAAAAAUGAACAAAAAUGGCGGGAGUUCGUCGACAGCGUGCAAUAGUACUAAAUACCGUUCGCCAUUAAAAUCUUCACCGAUUUCAACUCCAAAGAAAACCUCUGAUUUGUGGUUAGAAGAUGGUGACAAACGCGUACCGUUGCUGCGAACCGUUAGUGCGUACAGACGCCAGCAAUCUGAGUUGGUUAAAACGCCUUUGCGUUCAUCUACAAAGUCAACAGGAUCAAAUUCAGCUUCUGGAUAUGCGAAUAAACAUGAAGAUGAAUCACGUUUGGUCGAAAAUAAAGUGAAAAAAUUAUUGGAUGACAUUCAGCAGCAGCAGAAGAAAAUCGAAGGAGCCUCUAAAGCAUUAAACCUAUGUAACUCUAGUGUCGAAUUUAAUGGCUCUAGUGAACACGUGGGAGCCGAAUGGGCUUUGCUUAUCGCUACUCACAAACGACAAGCUGCAUUGAAUGAAAUACAAAGAUUAAAGCGAGAAGGCACAUUGAAACCUGUCAGGGCAGGUUCGCCGGAAAUGCAGGGUAGUGGAUCUUUAGCCAUUUCUGCUAUUACAUUACCACUAAAGCAAGAAUAUUUCCGGAAUAUGGGCAUUAAUACGUAUCUUCAUUGUGUUUGCUUGAUGUCUCACUUAGGAGAAGUGAUCGCUACUCAAGCAGCCACUGCUGAACCAGGUGAUUCAUGUAUUCGGUUUCCCUCAAUGCUAAAACUCGAUGAUUUGCACAGUGAUUUCAAAAUCAAUGUUGAAGUAUAUUCUUUUCAAACUCAACCAAAAUAUUUGCCACAUGAAAAGAAAUAUCAUAUCGGUCACAACGUAAAAACGAUAAAUAAGACGCCGAAAAAGAAAAAUCAGUUUGUAACACCGUACAUAGAAAGCCCAGCAGGUCCAACCGCGAUCAGGUCACCUGCUUUCCAAUUAAUGGGCACUACCAUCAUUACUUUAAACGAUGUAAAUCGCGAGCAAUUUACUUUGCUUAAGGUCUCAUCGUAUUCUCCUUUGGAGGGCUACUUGCGAAUGCGCAUAUCGCGUAAACUGUCGGAGUCAGUAGAGCAUCGUGGAUUUUUGACAAUUUUCGAAGAUAUUUCAAACUUGGGAGCCUGGCGUAGAAGAUGGUGUCGGCUUAAGGACGCUAAACUUUACUACUGGCUACAUCCUGAUGACGAACACGAGAAAAAUCCGAUAGGAUACGUUGAUUUGGAAGGUGUAUUUACAAAGAAUGUACAAUUUGUAAAUCGAGAAAAGUGUGCUCGUCCUUACACAUUUCUACUUGAGACAUCGAGACCCGCACAAUCUGGAGACGCUAAUAGUCUCGUUAUGAAAACGAAUGGGAUUGAAACCACGAUAGAGUACUUUUUAUUAGCUGACACGAAAGAAGAGGGAUUACAAUGGAUAUCGAAGUUGAAUAAAACUUUGAGCUUAAUUAGAAUUUGGGGAUCAUUUAGGGAUACAGUUUAGUAUAAAUUUAGUUUAAAAAAUUGAUUUAAGCUUUUGUAACGUAUUUAGGUACGUUCCAAUCUAUUGAAGGUAAGAAAUAUACGAUUGAUGUAUAAAUGCAUUGUUUAUUGAAAUAUAGAAUAAAAUUUUUCGUCUCUUAUUUAGUAAGGAAAAUCUGUUAUUUGGGAGUAUUUUGCUGUGAAUAUUGAUAUGAGGGAAGAUUUAGAAUAACUAUGUUCGACCAGAGUAGCUUGAUUAAUUCGAUUUAGUCUAACUUGAAUUACUCAAGCUAAUUUUCAAAUUAUUUGAAUUAAUAAAAAAAAUUCACAUUUGUAAUAAUUAUAAAACACGUCGCGUACACACAAAGGAAAAUUUUACUCUGGUCGAACGUAAUUUCUAUUUUUUCUCACAUGAAUAUUCGCAUCAUUUACAUAUUAAUUAAAUGUUAUAACAGAAUACUCUAAUAAUAUAUAUAUAUAUUUAUAUUUAAUAAAAUUAUAUAUAUAUGUUUGACCAAAAUAGUUAUUUUUGCUAAAUAUUAGACGAAAAAUUGUAUCCUAUAAUUCCAUAGAUAAUGCAUAUAUACGAAAUAUAUUUUUUUAUUUCUAAUCGAUAAAUUUUUAUCGUAUACGGACGUAAUCUGUAGAACAAACAUUUUCAUAUUUAAUAGCUGUUUACUAACUGCUUACUAACAAUUAAAAUUUAUAAAGAUAAUAUAUUUACAAACUUUUACGAAAUUUCUUUUGGGUCUUUUGGGUAAGUUCUACAUAUAUGAUUGAUAAAAAAGAAUAACAUUUAUUACACCUAACAAUUACGAAAAAAACUUGAUAUGCAAAAUUGUGAAAUGAGUUUGCAAUUAAUCAAUUCUAUGAUAUUACAAUUUUCUGCUAUACUUAAUCAUGAUUAAUUUCUUGUGUAUUCAGUCGCAUUUUUAGUCAUAUAUUUGCCAAGUAAUUACAUGUAUUUCAAUACUAUUUCGAUAUAAUAUAACACAUUAAAAAAAUUGUAAAUACUUUAAUUGUAUAGAAAUUAAUCGUUACUAAUUAUAUUAAUACUAAUAUAUUUAUGCAAAAUACGUGCAAAAUUACGAGUUUAUAUAUUAACAUGUAUCUAAGAGUAAUUGAUAUGUAAUUUUAUACAACCUGAUUUGUGUAAUUGUCAUACAUUAAUAUACUAAUGUGCCGAUAUUAUUUGUAGCAUAGAUAUUAUCUAAUCAAUUUUUUAUAUCUGAUUAAACAUCUUUUACAUACUACGAAAAACAAUUUUUGUUUCUACUAUCAAAUAUAUAUAUGGUUUAUAAAAAUAUGCUUACUUAAAAUUGUAUAACAUUUAAGAAACUAAGAAACAAAAUUUGGAAAAAAAAUGUCAAUGCGCUGUUGAUUAUGUAGAAAGAAAAAUAUUUGUCAUUAAACAAUUGUAGAGAUUUUUCA